CUUUUUUCUUUUCUUUCAAUCGUUAUUCUACAUUAAUCGUUAUUCACCUUUUUUAUACUUCCUCACACAAUGUCGACUCCUACCGUUAACCCCAAGGCCUUCCCCCUUGCCGAUGCCGCUCUGAGCAGCACUCUUCUCGAUCUUGUCCAGCAGGCUUCCCACUACAAGCAGCUGAAGAAGGGCGCCAACGAGGCCACCAAGACUCUUAACCGCGGUAUUUCCGAGUUUAUUGUCCUGGCCGCUGACUGCGAGCCCCUGGAGAUCCUCCUCCACCUUCCCCUCCUGUGCGAGGACAAGAACGUCCCCUAUGUCUUUGUUCACUCCAAGACCGCCCUUGGCCGUGCCUGUGGUGUCUCCCGCUCAGUUGUUGCCGCCUCCGUUACCACUAACGAGGCCUCGGACCUGAAGCCCCAGAUUAUUAACAUUAAGAACCAGAUUGAGAAGCUCCUUAUCUAAAAGGGAUUCGGGUUUUCCCCAUUUUUAUCGUUAUGCAUACCUAUUUUUCACACCCCAUUUCCCCUUUUUGAUGUGCUGAUGGCCCUUUUUAUAGUUGAUUUCACUCUGACUUUAUUUCUUACAUUGCCAGUUUGUUAUUUCUUUUAUCUUUAAGUUGCUUGCGCGCCCUGGCUGUAUGAUGCACAUUCUAUGUACAUAGUAGAAUGUCAAUUCAAAUAAAUUCUUUAAAUUAUC